AACAUUUGUGCGUGGAAAUUACGUGGCUAUGAUGGAAGAAAGAAAGGUGACGGUGUUGUGGUUGUGGCUGCAGCAGAAUAAAGGUUGUUUGAUCACAGUGUUUUGGAGGGAAGCUUAAAAAAUGCCCCUAGAUUUCAAAGAAUUUGAGGGUGAGGUGAAUGGCUGACUUUCCCCAUGCCUAGCCCUGGUCUGACUCAUCACUCCUGAUGCCCUUGGAAAAGUCUUGCAUGGAGCAGUGGGGGUUUUUUUAGGCAACACAGACAAUAUGUGAAAGCCUGUCCUGCAGUGUUUUGUGAAACUUGUUCGUCUCUCAUCAAAGCUCUGCUGGAAAGCUGAGCACAACCUUUGAGCCCCACGUUAUUUCCAAAUGGGUGAGGAGAGAACAUAAUUUCUGCAGUGGGCACGGUAGCUCUAAGUGUGAUAAAUAUUUAAAUACACCUGACAAGAUUAAAGAACGCCUGGGUGAAAGAACACAUCUGGAACACAUUCCUCAGCCACAGCACUGUUGUACUCCACAGGCAGGACUGAAAUGGUGCUUUUGCCAUUCCUCCUUGCCCGCCAGUGUCAUGCUCAGGGCUGUAGCUCUCAGACACUGGAGCAGGACAUUUGCUUGGGGCAAUUCCUGUCAAGCAUCUGGCUCGUGGUUUUGCUCCUCUGUGCAGCUGCAGCAUCUUCUGCCACUCACAUCAAUGCAGCCUGAGCAGGAGCCUGAGCCUGUGCACUGUGGAGCUACAGGGAAUAGCUGCUGAGGCAGGGACUGCAGGAGAGUAGGAGAUGUCAGCUGAGGACACUGUUUGGAGCAGUAAAAUGGGAAGAUAGGAGAGACAGAGGGCAAGAGGUUAAGAUUAUCUUGGAAACACAGCGUGCACAGAAAGGACAAGAGUGAGACAGAAAGCCUGGGGCUGGAAAAAGUAGUCUGCAGGAACGGGUGAGUCUGCUGGGACAGGAGUGAUGCAGUCCUGCUGGUCCCACCUCAUCAUCCUCCUUACGGUAAUUGCAAGUCCCAGCUCUUCUUCUUGCUUAGGCUCCUGUAUUAUGUAAGGAAAUGUCUCACAGCGCUGCCUUCUUUUGGAUGGGGAGGCACAGGGAACCAACGGCACUCCAUGAGGCAUCCACUGUGGCAGAAACAUCUGUAGGGAAACGGGCACAGCAAGGCAGUGUAGGAGGAUGUGGGGGAGACAGGGAGGCAACAGCAGGGAGCCUGUGCACGCAGAGAACAAAGGCAAAUGGAGAGCAGGAAGAACAAAGAGGCUGUGAAAGAGGGAAGAGCUUAACCAGAGUAAGAUUUGUGACAAGCCAUGUACAGGUCCCAUGUCAGUGAUUGCCGCCCUUGCCAGAAGGAGGUAGUCAAAGCCAAGGGACACACGUGGCUGCCAAGGGAAAAGAAGCUGUCUCCUCAACUGUUUCCUUGUUGUGACAAACUCUGCUGGAACAGCAUCACUCCUCUGGUCCAGGAGUGCAGCUGUUUGCAUUAUCAGAUCAGAAAAGGUGGGGUGGGCCACGUGUUCCCUCUGUGCCAGCUGGUGUGGGUAACCAGUAGCCAUUUGCCCCAAGACAAAGACUAGCAAAUGGGGCCAGCAUGGCUCUACCAGGGAAUGCUACUGUGUUAUACCAGUUGGGAUAGAUUUCUAGAAAAUCUACUUUUUUUUUUUUUUUUUUUUCCCCAAACACGAAGCUAACCGUAUAUUUUUAUAAGGCCGUGUGUAACUUUUCUCACUCUCCCAAGGCCCUCAUUCUUCAUCCCCAGCUGACAGCACAUGGCUCUGCUUUGUGCAGAACAUAGCUCACUGUGUCAGAAAGAUCUCUCUUCCCUCCCUGCAUUUUAUAAAACAGGGAUUUCCAAAGAUCUAAGCUGAAAAGGGCAAGAAAAAUUCUGGACACAGGUUGCCAAAGCAUAAGACAGAGUCUGCUGUGGAAAGGGGACGAAAGUUGAACUGAGUGUGAUGGAACUAAUGUUCCUUGGUAUCUGUUUCUCUUUCACAUGGGUUGUCAUUAAUCUUAAGCAUUCCUGACAUUUUGCUGAGAGUAGGAAGAAUAAACAGAGUGGGAAAUUGUUCCUCUUCAUUAAAAAAAAAAAAAACCCAGCUCUGUUCUAGUCUUCACUUCUUAAACAACUCUGCCUGUGUGAUUCUGCUUCCCAAAGCAACUCAUCCAAAUACAUGCCGAAAAGGGGGUCACCCCAAUUUUCACGGCGGUGGGAGGCAAUGCACCUCUUUUCAUCAGUCUCCCAGGCAGCUGGAGAAGAACGACACACACUUCAGCAGAACAAAGACUGUAAAAGGUGGGACUGGAAAAUAUGAUCUUUUGGGAGGAAAAUAUAAGCAGUGGCUUUCAUCCAGCAGAGGAGAUAUCCACCGGAGUCCUGCUAAGAAACCAUUCUUCAUUUCCUGGCCACAGUCAUGGGAGACGGUUGGAAACAAGAAAAUUAUGAUUCCAGUGAGGGUUGGAUGCAGCGGCGAUUGCUGCAUCAGGGGUCAGCUGUCUGCAAGGCAAAGGCAAAGGCUGAGCUGCUCUGAGCCUGUGGGACUGUUGCAUCAUGUGUUGUCCCUCCUCCUGUGGCCCUGGACCAGAAGGCACAUGGCUUGUCCAAGCAGAGCAUCAAACCCCUGGUGCCAAACCCUUCCUUCUCUCUGGGGUGUUAAAACUCCCAAGCCCGUUGAGCUGGCAUCUUCUCCCUCCCGACGAGCAGAAGGGCUCUGGUCUGUGUCCUCGUGGUGGAACUGGCUCAAAACUCACAACCAAAUGGCUGUGUUGUCACUCUAAUUAGCAGGGUUCAGGCACUCUGCAGUAUUGACGGAGAUGACAAUUAAAUGAACAAAUCCUACUAGCAGCACGCUCUUGAGAAAUAAAAUUGGAGUCUGUCAUGGGUUCUGAUAGCGCAGAGAAAGGAGCUAUUGUGGCAGAUCAAGGGAGUCCGAUCCACUGCAGUCCUAAACGGGCAGGAAAACCUGCACAGGGACUUUCCUACUGCUCCAAAGUUUGGGCAACAAAGCACUCGGGUGGCUGACCAAGUCAUUAAAGACCUCACCAGGGAUGUGACCUGAAAGAGCGCAAGAUGUGCUGAGUUGUCCCAAGUUCUCUCUGCACCUCUGUCUCCGGCUCGUUCUGGUGGAUCCUUCAACACAAAUAUCCCCUCAUCCCUGGGGAAAUGGGUGAGCAAACCCAAGAGAGCAGUGCCUGACAAGUCAGCACAUGGGGAGAGCUCCCCCCUGCCCCUCCAUGCUCAGCAGCCCAGUGACAGGAUCCUGGCCAUGCAUUGGAGCCACUUUGCCAGGCUGAGGCCGUAGGCAGAGCCUUCACCUCCCACUUCACCUACUGCUCAGUUAUUUGCCUUUUCAGCUUGCAUGCUCUCUAGGACAGAGGGUCUCUCCCCAGGAAUAUUGGCUUGCAGUGGGAGAAACAGCACAACCGAGACGUGUGUAGCUGCCUGCUAGAGGGCCCACGUCUGAACUGUUGUUAACCCUGCCUUGCCCACCCCACUGAGCCCACCAAUGACUGCACCAGAGAUCUGCAGGGAAUGCUUUCCCUCCCCAAAUGAUUAAAUACACAAGAUGUUGUGCAGAUCGCUGCUGGUGAAGAGACAGAAGCUUGUCACUGUGUCUAAACCUUCUUAUUCUGGAACAUCUCUGUUCUCCUUUUGGAGGUUUAUUCACGCCUGCAGCUCAGGCAAGACUAAAGAGAGACUGUGAGAGCAAAAUCCUCCUCCUGUCUGCUACUCCUUGCAUGCAUCCCCCUCAUGGAUGCGUGCAUUGGGAUGGGGCCAGCUGCUUCAGGAUUACUCACCUGAUUGGGAACUUGGGUGCAGCAACCCAAAUUAACCCGAGCUGCCAAGUGAAUUCGGUGCUCCGUGUGAUUCAUGGAUGUGGGCUUGAAGCCCACACCCCUUCCUGGGGCUUUUGUCCACCUGAAGUUUUUUUUUUAAUUACCCUGAUUGCCCAGAUCCAAACAAACCACGGAAAGCGAAAUUCAGACAGAAGCCCGAGCCAGAGGCAGAAUCGUUUCUGAGAAAUGUGUCAGGCAUUCACCAGCCUGGUGCUGGCAGGGAAAGGGAGAUGCCCAUGUCCUCCCAGCCUUGCUUGGCCACAGCAGAAAAGAUGGAGGGAAACCAGGCCAUCCCCACAACCCCAUGCAAUCCCUGCUGGCAGCCUGGAUGGCAAGGGGUGAUGGGGAGGACGGAGGUGGCUCCCUGGCCUUGAUCCCAGCUGGUAAGAGGGUAGAGGAAGAGCCACUGCUGAGCAGGGUGGUGCAAAGCAGAGGGCACUUGGCAGUGGGUAAUAAACCAUCUGUGUCAGUGCAGGGUAACCUGAGCUGCCUCAGUGUGUCCCUGGUCCCUGCCCUGGCAGGGAAGGUGUGUGCUCUCUGCCAGCCCUCCGAUCCAGCCACAGCAGGAGUCACAGGAAAAAAUGCUCCUGCCAUAUUCCCCCGCACCUGCUUUCUUCCCAGACCUGCUGGAGACAAGGCAAAAUGGCUCAUUCUUCCGUGAUGUCCCAGCCAAGCUCCCUGCUGAGCUUGGCAGCGGCCAACGGGCAAGGAGCCCAAGUCCCUGUGCCCCAAAGCGAGCACGGGAAUGAGCCUCGGGAAGCCCGGGGAAGCCUGAGCUGGCCAUCCCCUGCCCAGAAUUACACCAUUGCAGCAUCUUCUGGAGGGGGGCUUUCUGAUUUUCUUCUCUCAGCUGUAAAACAAUCCUGUGUGUCGUGCAGAAAUCUGGACUGAUGAGCACCUGCGUUUGCAAAGGUUGCACGGUCACGGCAAUGCUCUUGUGGGGGGGUGGUGAGGUGAGAAGAGAGUUGCUGUUGGGUUUUGGGGCGCUGCAGCAGGAAACCCUGAGCAAGGUGCCCAAGCUGCAUGCAAUAAGGUUUCCCUUCCACAGAGGGAAUCACAGCAAAAGAAAUGAAGAAGCUGAGGGAAAAGGUACCUGUGUGCACCUGGGGUAUCAGCCCUGCCCAGAGGUAUAUAGGAAAAAAAGAAGACAGAGGGUAAUAAAGGGAGUAAAAGCACACCUAACCCUCCUGCUCUACAAAGGAGGGGACAAGCAAGACUACAUGGUCUUGGAACAAUGUCUCAUUUCCUUCAAAAACAGGGGUUACCAGAGGACUUCCCCUCAGAAAGGAACAGGGCAGAGAAAUGGAUCUUUGUCUCUUUAAGAUGAGACGAACUGCCACUCUUAGUCAUAUAUCUUUACUGCACCCUAGGGUUAUAAAAACAUACAUCUUCGUUUUGAAAGUCUUUUAUUACGUCCAUAAACAUCAGAUUGCAGCUGACUGUUCCCUGGAUGAGAAUUUCCUAGUACUCCAAAGAAAGAAGAAUUGUUCCAGAAUUUAUUGGGACAGAUUGCAGAGCAGUUCUCGAGUGGAAGGCCUGAAAGUGGUGGAGAUUGAGAAAUGCAAGCGCGACAUUAAAAAGAUGAGGGAGGAAAUGGCAGCAAGAAGCAGCAGGACUAACUGUCCCUGCAAGUACAGCUUUUUGGAUGAGAACAAGAGACCGGCUCCCCGGCGGGAUGUACCGUCCUACCCAAAGUACAUGCUGUCCCAGGAGACCAUCGAAGCGCUUCGGAAACCAACCUUUGACGUCUGGCUGUGGGAGCCCAACGAGAUGCUGAGCUGUUUGGAACACAUGUACCACGAUCUCGGGCUGGUAAAAGACUUCAACAUCAAUCCCAUCACGUUAAAGAGGUGGUUGCUGUGUAUUCACGACAACUACAGGAACAACCCCUUCCACAAUUUCCGGCACUGCUUCUGCGUGACCCAGAUGAUGUACAGCAUGAUCUCGCUCUGCAGCCUCCAGGAGAAAUUUUCCCAGAUUGACAUUUUGAUUCUCAUGACUGCAGCAGUAUGCCAUGACUUGGACCAUCCAGGCUAUAACAACACCUACCAGAUAAACGCGCGGACCGAGCUCGCCGUGCGCUACAACGACAUCUCCCCGCUGGAGAACCACCACUGUGCCGUGGCCUUCCAGAUCAUCUCCCAGCCGGAAUACAACAUUUUCUCCAAUGUUGACCAGGACCAGUUCAAACAGAUAAGACAGGGGAUAAUUACGUUAAUCCUGGCUACAGACAUGGCGAGACACGCAGAAAUACUGGACUCUUUCAAGGAAAAAAUGGAGAAUUUUGAUUAUUCAAAUGAAGAACACAUGACCUGUCUGAAGAUGGUGCUGAUAAAAUGCUGUGAUAUCUCCAACGAAGUCCGCCCGAUGGAAGUAGCGGAGCCCUGGGUGGAUUGUUUACUGGAGGAGUAUUUUAUGCAGAGCGACCGAGAAAAAUCCGAGGGGCUUCCAGUGGCGCCGUUCAUGGACCGCGACAAAGUGACCAAGCCCACGGCACAGAUCGGCUUCCUCAAGUUCGUCCUCAUCCCCAUGUUUGAGACAGUAACAAAGCUAUUCCCAGAAGUGGAGGAGGUGAUGCUCCAGCCCCUGUGGGAAUCCAGAGACCACUACGAGGGAUUAAAACAGAUAGAUGAUGCUACAAAAGAGCUGCAGAAACAGAAGAGUGAAAGUCUGACAACUGGCAGCACCGAAAAGUGAGACGAGAAAAGCCUUUGAAGAAAAAUCACAAGCCCCGAGGUUGCUCCGGUUUUGAGAAAUGCUGUGUUGGCCAAACAGGCGCGGGCGGCCGCGUCGAAAUCCAGCUGGGACCGUGCAUGAGGAGAAGUGGCAGGGAUGGCAGGGACGGAUGUCCUGCCUGCCCCAGCACCUCAUCUGCAGCCUGCAACCUCCUUGCACAGACGCCGAGGGUUCCCGGCGCUCCGACAUUCCCGGCACAGCCUCCCAUUGGGAUUCCCCCUGCGGACAGUGCACCGGCUCAAACCUCCGGCAGAGCUGCCUCUCUGGUGACCAGCCUGUCACCCACAGCGUGCAGAGACAAAUCGGAGCUUAGCUAAGGAGCCUCCUCUGGGAAGUGUUCCACUGGCGCCCAAAAACACCAGAAGAAGCUGUUUUAGUGAAGAUACUCUCUCUAUGUGUACAGCAGUAUGCUAAUUACAGCACAGCCUAACAGAUGCUUGUUUACUGACCAGGGUCCUGGCAUACAUUUUUGUUUGCCCAGUAGGCCCUAAUGACACAUUUCUCUGCAUUAUUACCUGAAUUUUGUAGUGUUCACAGUACAUUCAGAAGCCCGGCAUUAGUGGAUGCAAUUUUCUUUUUUUUCUUUUUUUUUUUUUUUUUAACUAUAAGAAAUGAGAAGAAACCUUAGUGAGUUUGCAGGGUUGCUUUGUGGUCUGGUACAGCUGGACAUCAUGGGAUCCUUCAGCAUGAGCAAAGAAGGGAGCACAAAGCUGAAACCACGGUGCAAACACAUUUUUAUCCUUGUUGAUGCAAAAAAGCAGCAAAAAACCCCUUCAAAGAUGUACAGGUUUUUUUUGGUUUGGUUUUUUUUUUUUUACUUUUAAACUGAUCUGCUAAAUAAUAUAUUCUUCUACAGAAA